AUGAAAGCAACAUUUACUGAAGCUGUGAUAAGUACCAUUGAAGAAGCAACAAGGAGGCAGAACAAAAGCAGCUUGUGGUAUGAGAUGCGAUAUGGCCGUAUCACAGCUUCAAGGGCACAUGAAGUAAGUGUUUGUCAUACACCAGAUGGUUCAUUGGUGGCUUCUAUCAUGGGGGCAAAAAUACCUGAUACAGCUGCAAUGAGAAGAGGUAGAAAUUUAGAACUGUCUGUCCGAAAGACAGUCAGUAAUAUAUUGAAAAGAAAAAUCACCCCAUGUGGGCUUUAUGUGUGCAAAGAGAAUCCCAUGAUUGCGGCAUCACCUGAUGGUUUAAUAAAAGGUGCCGUUAUUGAAAUAAAAUGCCCUAGCAAGGCAAAAGCAAAAGACAAUUAUUUGAAAAACGGUGUUAUCACAGAAAAAUGUAAGGCACAGGUGCAUCUGCAAAUGUAUGCAACAGGGGUAAAAAAGAGCUAUUUUUGUGUUGCUGAUAGCAACUUUGAAGAAACGAAAAAUGUUGACAUUAUUUUAGUGACAUAUGAUAGUGAUUAUGUUAAUAACUUAAUACCAAAGUUAGCUACUUUUUGGCAAACAAAUAUUUACCCUAUUUUGUAUGGUACCAGUCUGUGA